CCCAGCGACAGCGUCCUCAGCGUGGCCGACGACCCUCUGGCUUUGCUAUUCUACUUCCUCCCACCAAAGCUGUGGGACCAGAUUGCGGUUGAGAGCAACACCUAUCACCGACAAUCCAUACCGCAACGGGCACGGAUGCUACGUACGCAGCAGCGUCGGAAUGGUGGAGACGUUGAAGAGCUUGGCGAGAUCCGCCGCCGGCUUGCAGCAGUGGAUGACAUCGAGACCUGGGAAGUUCUACGAGUCAUGGCAUUGCUGAUUGCCAGGAUGUUGGCACUUAUUCGAAAGGGAAAUGCAGCGCAUUGGUCACUGAAGAAGAUUGGGGCGCUACCUGCGAAUCGGUUCGGCAACUUCAUGCCGAAGAAUCGCUUUUUUCAUAUUAUGGGAUAUCUACACUUCUCCAAUAACAAGUCCCCACAAGCCCGCCUGGACCGCGCGUGGAAGAUCAGACCUGUUGUCGACGUGAUGCAGCGCACGUUUGCCCGCGGGUAC